GAGAAGAAUGAAGACCCCGAUGAAGAAAAUGCAUGUUGUGCCAAAUGCAAGCAACCAGGACAUAAAUCGAUGCAUUCAGAAAAUCCCUAGAAGGAUACCACUGAUUGUGUUUGGUGCUGGAAUGUUUGGAAAAGAUGUAGUUAAGUUGAAAGGGCAAAGAUGAGUGUUGUCGGUAAACCUUUUGCAACUUUGAAGAAACGUGAAGCU